AUGGAAAGCGCAAUUUUUACACCGGAGCUCGCGGCAGCUCCGUGCCACGCUAAUCCGGCCGUAACGGUUACCCUACCGGUUGUCGCUGCGACAUUAGGCGGGAAGUCGUUACGGCCGGCACAGGACGAUUACGAGGCUCAGUUAUACAGAUUCAAGAGUACCAAAAGUCGCGCGUUUCUGCAGGAUCGCCAGGAAAUCACUACAAACCUUCCGCAUCUCUUGCCCGACGGCAUUUCGUACGCUGCCAACUUUGUCUCCUUUGACCACCUGCGCGAGUGUGGGGCACUCAGUGAGAUGCGCCAUAAUGAGGCGAGCAUCACCGCCGACGAUUUACGUCUUCUUUACGAGGCUCGGUGUCUAGACCAGGACCUCGCUCCUUCGUGGCAACGAGAGGUGCGGUUCAUGGAGCUCAUCAGCGCCAAAUGCAAAGGCAACUUUUUCUGCUUACCGGAAAACGGACUCGGUGUAUGCUGUGCUGAGGCCUUGGCCGCAGCUCUCUCUUGCAACAGGCACUACAGUGUUCUCGAUCUCUCGGGCAACCGCCUGCGUGAUGACGGCGCGCGCUUCAUCGCACAGCUCAUCAAGCGAAACCGUACGCUUGUCCAUAUCGAUGUAGCCUCAAAUGACAUUGGACACGUUGGCGGUGUGCUCUUAGCGCGCGCCCUUCUCGAGAACGACACGGUCAUCUCGCUUGACAUUGGCGCCCGCGCUGGGACGAACGGCAACCACAUUGGUACCCCCGGCGCAGAGGCAUUUGGGGAGGUGCUUCGGAGAAACAAGGUACUCGCCAGACUCAACGUGAGCAGCAACGGCCUUGGGGCUGUUGGUGUGGCUUUUAUUGCCUCCGCUCUCGAGCACAGCCGCUCCCUCACGUGCCUCAAUCUCUCCAGUAACAACCUUGGCUUUGAUGGCGCCCGCGUCCUCGCAUCGAGGUUGGAGGUCGCACAUGUGACACGCUGGGAGCUUCCGCGCAAUUACCUAGGCGACAAGGGCGGUGCGUGCCUUCUCGAUGCACUGGCAGGGGCAAUUCGAAACGGGCAUGACGUCGUGGAGUACCUGGAUCUGGAUGAUAACACCCUUGGUGAGCGGAGCGCCGAAGCUGUUGGCAAGGUGCUGUCUGCAUCCGCCACGCUCGUCACCUUGCGACUGAACGGCAACCUACUUGGCGCAGGGGUAAAGGCGAUUAGUACGGGCCUUAACGAGAAUCAUAGCCUGAAGUCUCUCUUCCUUCGCAAGUGCUCCAUUGAUCAGAUCGGAGCCGCCGCGCUGGGUGCCACUCUUUACGUGAACUACACACUGGGCCAGCUGGACGUGAGCAACAACCGUGUAAAGGAUGGCGGCGCUGUGGAAUUAGCCAAGGGGCUUGCAGUAAACAAGUGCCUUACGAUGUGCAACGUGUCCUCCAAUCGCAUCGGCCACGUUGGCGGGCUGGAGAUGGCAAAGGCUAUACAGAAAAACCGAACGCUGCGCCACCUCAACCUGCGACAUAACUUGAUGCUGGAGGCCACAGGCGAGGCCAUUAGCGAUAGCUUCCGCAUUAACAAGACCCUUGAGCGCCUCGACGUGUCGUACAACGACUUUUCGUACGCCUGCGCAAUGUCAAUCGAACGGGCGUUGGAGCGUAACAAGGCAUCAAACAAGACGCUGCUUGUUCCAAGGUUGCAGGCGAACAUCGACGCCUUGGCGCCCAAGGAGAAGGAACUGAACCGCGCUGUUGAGGACAUCGAGCUGGAAAAGCGCAUGGUGCGGGACCGCGGUGAGGAGUUGAUGCGGCGUGGUGAGGAGGCGCGUGUCGUGGCAGAGAAGCUUCGACGCGAGAUUACGGAUCUGGAGCGCGUCUUCGAGAAGGCCUCUGCUCUUAGCGACGCCGCAGAGAACCUAUUCCGACUAACAGAGGACCGUGUCACAAACAAUCUGACAGAGCUCAAAAUGAAGCGAACCAACAUUGACACCCGCAUCCAGCAGGAGAGAGACCGCACCGAUCGACUAAACCGCGAAAUAGAGAAAAUCCGGCGGCAAAUCAAGCACCUAGAGGAGGCAGAGAACGAGCGUCUGGCGCCGCUUCUGCGUGAGCUGGAGGAGACCGAGAGGGACCGCACCCGGGAAAUGGCCGACGCGAAGUUCGAGGGGGAGAGGCUCUCUGCGUUGGAGCUUCGGCAGAAGGAGCUUCAGAUCGCUGCGAGUAGACGCUCUGCCAAGAAAAAGUGA